UGAACGUAACUGUGGUUAGAUAAAUUAAUUCGAAGAUAUAAAAUAAAUUAAAUAGUUAAAUAUAAGGCAUGAUUCUUCACAAAAUAUUAACGCGACGACAUUUUGGUAAAAUAUUGUUAUUGUUAAUCACCAUUUAUGCCGGAAACUUAUAUCUGUAUUACAAGAGUAAAUUUUAUGAUAUUAGAGCUCACAGAAAGGAAACCUUAUCACAUCUAAAUCAACAAAAUUUUAAAUACAUUUUGCAAUGGACGAGAAGAUUUACUGCACCAUUUGACUUUAUGGGAGAAGGCAAUUCCGCGUUCAUACAAAACAAGUGUAAGUUUACAAACUGUUAUGUCACAGAUGACACACAAUACUUUCUGGACCACACAGACUUUGAUGCUAUCGCUUUUAACAGCAAAAAUGUGAUUUCCCUAUGGCCUUUUCUUAUGCCUCGACGUCGCACACCGAAGCAAAAGUAUAUAUUUAGUGGAUUGGAAUCUUCUGACUUUUAUCCAGCGUGUGAUGAGAACCUCGACGGAUUCUUCAAUUGGACUUUUACAUAUAAAUUAGAUUCCAAUAUUCAAUGGGGAUAUAUAACAAUAUAUAAUUUAAAUAAUACAGUAGUGGGUCCAAAAAUCGAUAUGUUAUGGCCAGAUAAAAUGGAGCCAAUAAGUGAAAAGUUAAAAACUAAAUUGUCGCGUAAAACGAAGGCCGUCGCUUGGUUUGUUUCUAACUGUCAUACUAAACGAAGGAGAGAGGAAUUUGUGAGUGUAUUUAGCGAUAAGUUAUCAAAAUGGGGAUGGACAGUUGAUAUCUACGGGGCGUGUGGUCCGUUAAGUUGUCCGCGAAGUGAUUCUAGUUCAUGUUUCAAAAUGAUCGAGGAGCAGUAUCAUUUCUAUCUGUCCUUUGAGAAUUCGUUCGCUGAGGAUUACGUGACAGAGAAGCUAUUGACGGCGCUCAACAAUUACGCUGUACCUGUUGUUUUUGGAGGAGCAGACUAUACAAGAUUCCUUCCUGAAGGAAGUUACCUGAACGCCUUAGCCCUUGGGCCAGAGAAGCUUGCCGAGGAAAUUAACGACAUAAUGGCGAACAAGACAAAGUAUUACGACUUCUUCCGUUGGAGGAACCAUUUUGUGUACAAAUUAACAGAGAAGUUGGAUGUUUGUAACUUGUGCGAGUGGUUAAAUAAUGACGACAAAGUUAAUGAAGUGACUGUAUGGAACGACUUCAGAACUUGGUGGAAUGGUGCUAGAUUUAAAGAAAAUUGUGUAUAGUAUUUCAGAUCAUGAUGACAUAGGUACAUUGUAAUUGUCGUAGGUAUUGUAAGCGUAUUACCUCAGCUAUGCUCUCACGUCCCUCGCGCCCGCAGGGACGUGACGGCCCGCGUGCAUGUAGGAUGUUAUACUUUAUCUCAGUAUUAAGUAUGGAAAAAGUUUUCUUUCGAAAUUGAAUAUUUUAUUAGUACCUGCACCGGUAAAAUUUUGCAAUGUUUAAAAAACUCUGUUUCAGAAUAGUCACUAUAAUUAUUAGUAACUAUUUUGUUUGGUUUUGUUAAAAGUUUUAAUAUUCUUUUUUGCAGCUUAAAGAUUUUAUUCAAAUAAUUACUAAAACCAUACUGUAUAUAAGAUUGAGCUAGAGAAUUGUAUAACAUUUAUUUUACUUUAAAGGGAAUACUAAUUCUUUAAACCGUCGUAUUAGCUCAAAAUUGCCUAAGCUUAUUGCAGACGUGUUUAUUAUGGUUACUUCAAUUAAAUUUACUAUCCAUAUGCAAAUGCCUAAAUGUAUACACUUCAAUAGCGGCGCAUUUACAAAUGAUGUUAUUCGAGUGCAAACAACUAUGGUCGUGGGCGAAAAUGUCAUCCAUUCGACGUUUUGCAAGGUGGGGUGAUAUUAUGAUUAUUAGUUUAGUUUUACCUGGGCUAAUUACCGAACCUGCAUCGUGACGUCACUUAUUCAACGUAUUAAAUUCAGACUACAGGUGGUC